UUUCGAUGCAAUUCCACUUUCUCCUCCACGCUUCACGUUCUCAAGCUAUGCUGGAAAAGUACCAGAAAGAGCCGAAGAGUGAACUUUACUCUGAAGCUGGUCGAGCGUCGCGCCGCUGACGUCACGGCCGGCGUCUCCGCCAUCUUAGUUGUGGCUAAAGAGGUGGCAGUUUCGGAAGUGCGGCUCGUGUGCUGCUGUGUAGAUGCUGAGACUAUGUGGGCUUGGCGUGGUGCUGAGCCUGGUCGCGGCGGCGGCGGCGGUCGUGGCCGUGUGGUUGAUGGACUGGUGGGGUCCCCGCCCUGGCCUUCGCCUCUUCGUACCCGAGGAGCUAGCCCGCUAUCGCGGCGGCCCCGGGGACCCGGGUCUGUACUUGGCGUUGCUCGGCCGCGUCUACGACGUGUCCUCUGGCCGGAGGCACUACGAGCCUGGGGCGCACUAUAGCGGCUUCGCAGGCCGGGAUGCAUCUAGAGCGUUUGUGACAGGAGACUUUUCUGAAGCUGGACUCGUGGAUGAUGUAACUGGCUUGUCCUCCUCUGAGAUACUGAUACUUCAAAAUUGGAUUUCAUUCUACGAGAAAAAUUAUGUAUUUGUCGGGAGACUGGUUGGAAGGUUCUACGGAGAGGAUGGGCUGCCCACUCCAGAACUAACCCAGGUGGAGGCCAUGGUGGCCAAAGGCACGGAGGCAAGUGAACAGCAGCAGAGAGAAAAGCACAGGUUCCCUCCAUGCAAUGCCCAGUGGAGCUCGGCUAAGGGGAGCCGGGUCUGGUGCUCCCAGAAGAGUGGAGGUGUGAACAGAAACUGGACUGGUGUCCCCAGGAAGCUGUAUAAGCCAGGGGCCAAGGAGCCCCACUGUGUGUGUGUGAGAACAACUGGCCCUGCUAGUGACCAGCAAGACAACUCUAGACACUUAAAUCGUGGGGACUUGGACAACCCCAACUUGGAAGAAUACCCAGGCUGCUCACCUCUGGCCAUCGAGUGUUCCUUCCCACCCUAAGAUGGUGACUUGUAUGUUGAUGACAUAUGGAGAAACUUCCCUAGGUCUCCAGAAAGCCCUUAAUAUUUAUGCUCUGGGAGGCUCCUGGCAGGAAAAGAGGAGGGUCAAGGACUCCAUCCACACUUGCAAAUGUGUUUCACAAUUCUGUUGGCUGAGACCGGAGCAUGAUAACCUACCUGGUAUGGUCAGUUUGUUUUGACACUGUUUGGAACUUUGGUCCCCUGUCAUCUUCCUUCAGAGCCUACAGACAUUCAUGAACACAGUGUGAUCAAUGUAGAACUGCCUGGAUAAAGUCUGUGAGCUCCAGCGAGGGACUUCUCAUGAACUCAUUGCUGCCCUAAUCAGAGCUUGGGCUCUGCGCAUCAUGCCAGCCCUGCUGAGACUUGGAGCAGUAGCAGAACAAGACUGUGGCUCUCAGCAGAGAAGCAGGCAUUUCCCAAGAAGCCUCAAAUCUUGCAGAAUCAAGGUAACUGUUCUAAGUCACAAGGUAAUUGACUAAGCUCCCAAUGUCUGACUUUUGUGACAUUUCUAAAACCUCUACUCCAAGGCAGACUUGAAUUUUGUUGUUGUUUUGUUUUGUUUUUUGAGACAGGGUUUCUCUGUG